AUGGAGUUGGAAUAUUCGCCGCGCCAUACGGCCUGUGGUUCAAUACACAUGCUGUCACCGACACACCCACACAGCCCGCAGAUGGACGGUUUUGCGACCCUCAGACAGAUUCGUCGCUCACUCUCUCGUUCACCCUCGCGGCCGUCGCGCUACACACUGCUUGUCACGAAAGGUGAUUCGACAUCUCCCACCGCUCAAAACACUACCGCACCUCGAUCGCCAUCUGGACUGAGCCGCGCAUUCAGCGCAGACUCGACAAAUUUGGACACACGAUCGAAAUCCUCCGGAUCACGUUCUGGUCCGCUUCGCAUGAAAUCGCGCAGGACAUCGCCUAACAGCCCACUUCGUCGCGCGCUUAGCGACAACACGAACCACGCCAACGCCAACCCCAGGUACUCCACACGCCGGAGUUCUACCGAAGACAUUGACCAGGAGAACAUGGACUGCUCAGAAGACUUGGUGAAGGCUGUGAUAGAGUCACAUUCUCCGUCUAUCAAAAUCGACUUUGCGAAACCAGGACCCGAGAAACUCCUGCAACCCGUCCUUCGUGAGCAUGCCUCGCCGAUGAAGUCCAGCCCUCUCAAGCGGAGCGAUGGUGUAAUGAACCUGGAAGCUGCUAGUCUCGGGAGUCCUCGAUGCAGUAAGCGCCGAAGCUUACACGGCGCAUCAUUUGGCAACGACUUCAGUGUGUUCGAUCAGAGCUUUGAUGGCGCGCAAGAUGGUUCAGAUUCCCCCGAGGAGAAGGAGAGGGAGAGGGACCAUGGUCCCAUUUUCAACUGGACGGCAGCUGCGCCGCCAUCACCACAAAGGAGACCGUUUAGUCUACGGAAGUCGACUCUGCAACAGCGUACUGGACCUGUUGCGCGCCGCAAUUUAUUUGCGGAUUCGAUGCGCGAUGCGACCAUGAGUCCUUCACACGCUCGAGCGCGGUCCAGAUUCUCGUUGGAUGGCGCUCUACCUCUCCGCAGCCCGGACCUGGAGUCUCCUUUCCGACGAGUCAAUGCGAACGAGCCGCCCGUUCUGUUCCCUCCGCCAGCGCCGAAGCAGUACCAGUCGGCGCCGAAGCCACAUCCGCUGUCGCACACGCUGACUCAAUCAUCCUCAUUCUCUAGCAUCGUUGACGAUGAUGACGCGACAAUCACUUUUCCAGCAGAGCAACCGCAACAACCAGAACCCGCGCGGCAAAUCGAUGAGCUCCCGAAACGACUGCAGGGCUUCUCAAAAUCGCUGCCACUUGGUGCUCUCCGUCCACGGCAUGGCGAAUCUGUGGUCAACGGCCCCGAGGCGUACGCCACUCCUGACGGCUUUAAGAUGGCCAAGCCGCUUCCACAAGCAUUCAUGUCAACCGGCUUGAUCUCAAAGCGCAACCGUGACUUGGAUGGAGCUCAAGGGUCACUAUACUCGAGCACGCACAUGCCAGAUACGCCAUCCAAGAAAGCACCACUUGUUCAUAUUGGACCCGUCUCAGGACAGUCUGCGCUGGGCAAAGUCUCACAACCUUUGCACGAAUUUGGCAGCCCAAGCACUCCAUUCAACGGACGUGUGUCGAGGUUUGCUUCCGAGUCGUUUGGCCAAGGCGUCAGCAUCUUCGGCUCCAAGGUCAACCAACCGCAGCUCACUCGAAGGAACAGCUUCCUUAGCAUCGAUGACGGAGAUGACAUGAGUGACUCUCCCACCAAGCACCUCGAGGCACAAACAUCUGCAGACGAUCUCCCUCCCACCCCGACCAAAUCAAUGUCCACGACGAUUCGACCAGGUUCCAAAGGCGGCAAGAGCAAUAGUCUGCGCAGCAGUCUUUUCGGACGAAGAGCUCCGAUCACGAUUCGCAGAGAUGACGGCAAGAAGACUCCGAAUACUCCUCAAGAAUCCUUUACUCCACCGGACCCAAGCAGCUUGUCAAUCUCGGUCGAGCAUCGCGUGUCGCUGUCUUUGAACAGUUCCAGCUUCCCUCCGGCCACGCCUACCGGUCCACGAGGAGACUCAUUCGGCAUCAGCAUCGGCCAGAGCCAUGCUUCAUCUGGAUACUUCGGCAACGACGUCGACACGGCACUCACCACUCGCUUUGGUCACGUCCAGCCCUUCGGCGUGGGUGAGUUCUCACAAGUCUACAAGGUGUCGAAGCCACUUGCUGGUGGCCCGUCGGCUGUGCGACACAAGCUCAGCCCGGGCAACAAGGUCUGGGCGGUCAAGAAGUCUCGCAAGCCGUACACUGGAGUCAAGGACCGCCAGCGUAAGAUGCAGGAAGUGCAAAUCCUCAAAUCGCUUCACGGUCAUGAACACAUCCUCGAGCUCGUCGACGAGUGGGAGGUUAAGAACCACCUAUACAUCCAGACGGAGUACUGUGAGAACGGCAACCUCAAAGACUUCUUGCAACAAACCGGCUUCAAAGGUCGUCUCGACGAUUUCCGCAUCUGGAAGAUUCUCCUUGAACUCUCUCAAGGCAUCAAAUCUAUACACGAUGCCAACUUCAUUCACCUCGAUCUGAAGCCCGCCAACAUCUUCAUCGACUGGGAAGGCGUGCUCAAAAUUGGCGACUUCGGUCUGGCAUCCACCUGGCCCGCUCCACACGGCCUUGACGGCGAAGGCGACCGCGAAUACAUCGGUCCCGAAGUCCUCUCUGGCCGCUUCGACAAACCCGCCGACAUCUUCUCCUUGGGUAUGAUCAUGCUGGAGAUUGCCGGCAACAUCGUGCUUCCUGACAACGGCGCGUCCUGGCAACGCCUCCGAACAGGCGAUCUGUCUGACCUCCCUUCUCUCACCUGGAGCUCCGACUCAACCCUCGUGCGCGACCCUUCUGGUGAUCCUGUAGAGCUGCUGAACGAGUCUACCGACUCCCUCUGCGCAUCCUACAAUGGCGACAAUGAUGACAGCGACCUUUCCUUUCUCCGGCCUGCUGCCGCCAACAACAUCUCUCACCACCAUCAACAGCACCAGCACUCCGCGGACAAACUCGUCCGCUCGCAAGACUUGUCCCAACCACCGCAUUUCAUGGUGCAUUCGGACGACCCGGAAGCGCUGGAUAAAAUCGUGCAGUGGAUGAUUCGCCCGGAUCCGGACGCGAGACCGAUGGUCGAUGCGUUGCUUGCUGCGGGCGGAGUGAGGUGGGUUGAGGAGAGACGACGUGCAGGCGCGACGGUCUACGAAGGGAAUUGGGGUCCGGCGGAUGAUGUUCUGAAUCAUGGGAUGGAAGAGGUGGAUG